CAUUCCUGCACAACAAAUCUGGUUUUUUUGUUCUUGCAGAGACUGACAGUUUGCCUGGAGGAAUCUAUUUAUAUUCAUAACAUUAAGGACAUGAAGCUGCUGAAAACGAUCCUGGACACCCCUCUGAACACAAAAGGUUUAUGUGCACUUUCUAUCAACCAUUCCAAUUCCUACUUGGCAUACCCCGGUAGUACCACUGUCGGCGAGAUUGCACUGUACGAUGGCAACAAUUUGAAAGAUGUCUGCUUAAUUCCUGCCCACGAUGGUCCUCUUGCUGCCCUGGCUUUCAACUCCACAGGGUCAAAACUAGCAAGUGCUUCUGAAAAAGGGACUGUCAUUCGUGUGUUUUCCAUCCCUGAAGGAGAAAAGCUCUACGAAUUCAGGAGAGGGAUGAAGAGGUAUGUGAAUAUCAGCUCUCUAGUGUUCAGCAUGGAUUCACAAUUCUUGUGUGCAUCGAGCAACACUGAGACAGUGCACAUCUUCAAGCUGGAACAUCUCACAGACAGCCGGCCAGAGGAACCCCCAUCCUGGAGUGGCUACAUGGGCAAGAUGUUCAUGGCUGCCACGAACUACCUCCCUUCUCAAGUGUCAGGCAUGAUGAGCCAGGACCGGGCCUUUGCCACAGUGCGCUUGAACUUCUCUGGACAAAGGAACAUCUGUGUCCUCUCCACGAUCCAGAAGUUGCCGCGGCUUUUAGUUACGACGUCCGAUGGACACCUUUACCUCUACAACCUGGACCCUCAAGAUGGUGGGGAGUGUGUUUUAAUCAAGACACAUAGAUUGUUGGGCUUGGGAAAGACAGAAGAGAACAAAGAAAAUGAUCUGCAACUUCCAGUACCUCAGACUUAUGCUGCAACAGUAGCCAGGCAAAGUUCGGUGCCUUCAUCUAUGAUGCCAGGCUACUCAGAAGAUGGAGGAGCCCUCCGAGGAGAGAUUAUACCAGAGCAUGAAUUCGCCACUGGGCCUGUGUGUCUGGACGAUGAAAAUGAAUUUCCACCUAUAAACUUGUGCCGUGGAAGCCAGACGAGCAAAGGGAAGAGAUCAUGAGGAGUGGCAAACAGCAGAGCACAGAGCGGCGGAUGGGAGGUAGUUUGGAGAAUUAAAACAAAACAAAAACAGGAAUAUGGAAGAGCCCACAAGUGAGGGAGAAGCCAGAGCCUCUCUGAUGCUGUUAACACUGUUUGGGGUUUUUGCUGAACUUUUCUGGCCCCUGGUGUGUAUGUGUGUGUAUUUAAAAGUGCUAUGUGGGUAUCAACGUACUGUAUAUGUACACUGCUCUGUAUAAUGAGAACCACAGGGUAAAUUUUAUCCUGAUGGGAGUUGUAUGUAACCUGAAUUUUAUAAACCUGCCUAGCCAUUUUCUAACUUAUGUUAUGCAUAAAUGUACUUAUGAAAAGUCUACUUAUCUAUGCCUUUGUACAGUGGAUGCACAAUAUUUUACCCCUGCAGAAUAUUUUUUACACUGAUCUAUUUGGAAAGCAAAGAGACCCCCAAUUUAUUAUAUUGGCGCUCUGCCGGAAUAAAGUCAUCCUGGUGUCAGCAGUAGUUGUCCUUUGCCUACAUCCUUCUUGUUUGCAGCUGAGCCCUUACAGCUGAUAGACUUGAGUGUUUUAUUAAUAGAAUUGCUCGCUUGCUCACUCUCUGAAUGGCAUUCUUCUUCCUUCUAUUUUAACAAGCCAGUCCUUUCCCCAUGCCAGUGCAGCUAUUUUUAGAGAAUCAGGCACAGAUUUUGUUCAGAGGUAAGGUGAGAAGUGCCAUUUUUGUUUGCUCUGAAUACAUUGUCUACCCUUAUAAAGAGAAACGUCUUAUAUA